UUUCUGUACCUAUCAUUAUAUCUGUAUAUAUCUGUAUAGUUUCAUUCACUCAUCAUUAUACUAAUUAUUAAAACUGUAUCUUCCCUUAUCUUCCUGUAUCUUUCUGUUUGUUCUCAUUUACUCAUCCUUAUCGUCACCAUUAACUGUAUUGUUUGUAUCGGUCUGUAUAUUUCUGUAUAUUAUAACUCACUCAUCAUUAUCGUCACCAUUAACUGUAUUGUUUAUAUCGGUCUGUAUAUUUCUGUAUAUUAUAACUCACUCAUCAUUAUCGUCACCAUUAACUGUAUUGUUUAUAUCGGUCUGUAUAUUUCUGUAUAUUAUAACUCACUCAUCAUUAUCGUCACCAUUAACUGUAUUGUUUAUAUCGGUCUGUAUAUUUCUGUAUAUUAUAACUCACUCAUCAUUAUCGUCACCAUUAACUGUAUUGUUUAUAUCGGUCUGUAUAUUUCUGUAUAUUAUAACUCACUCAUCAUUAUCGUCACCAUUAACUGUAUUGUUUAUAUCGGUCUGUAUAUUUCUGUAUAUUAUAACUCACUCAUCAUUAUCGUCACCAUUAACUGUAUUGUUUAUAUCGGUCUGUAUAUUUCUGUAUAUUAUAACUCACUCAUCAUUAUCGUCACCAUUAACUGUAUUGUUUAUAUCGGUCUGUAUAUUUCUGUAUAUUAUAACUCACUCAUCAUUAUCGUCACCAUUAACUGUAUUGUUUAUAUCGGUCUGUAUAUUUCUGUAUAUUAUAACUCACUCAUCAUUAUCGUCACCAUUAACUGUAUUGUUUGUAUCGGUAUGUAUAUUUCUGUAUAUUACUAGUCACUCAUCAUUAUCGUCACCAUUAACAUCAUUUUUUUGUAUAUUUCUCAUCAUCAUUAUACUCACCAUUAAAACUGUAUAUCCUGUAUCUUUAUCAUCAUUAUCCUCACUAUUAAAACUGCAUCUUUUAAUAUCUUUACGAAUCUUUUCACUAACUAAUCUAUAUCAUCACCAUUUACGUUAUAUCUCCUUCCAUAUCUUCCCGUAUCUUUCUGCAUAUUAACGCUAUCCUUUCAUACAUAUCCCCCUGUAUCACUCUGCAUCUUCUUUUGUAUAUUAACGAUGUGUCUCAUGUAUCUUUCAGAAUGCACGAUGAUUGGCUGUGUCUCGUGCAAUGACGCCGAUCUCUGUACAGCUUGCGACCGAGGCUAUGAAAAGAUCUUCGGAGCGUGUGUCUAUCGAGGUGAAGAGACCACCAUCGACCCCGAGACGUCCACUCUGCAACUUCUUCAACAAGACCUCAACCACGCGAGUUCGAGGACCUUUGCCAGUACCCUCGUCCCAGCCAGUACUAGUACAAGUACCAGUGCUACCAGUCCAUUCCCGAUACCAAAUACAUUUUUCAGUGGACCGUUAACACAUCCGCCGAUGUAUGAGACGGGAUACCACUCAAUUGCAGAAACUGUAAUGUCACAAACAGAUGGGGUUUCUGCAACAUGGGGGGCAACAAGCAGGCCUACAGUCAUUGCAAACGAGUUUACUGAUGGUGCGACAGAUGCCUCAAUAAGAGGAGGAGAAGGAGGAGGAGGAGAAGAAGAAGAAGAAGAAGAAAAAGAAAAAGAAGAAGAAGAAGAAGAAAAGUAAGAGUAGGAGAUGGAGGAGAAGUAGAAGGAAGUGGAGAAGUCGAAGAUGAAGGAAAAGGAGGAGAAGAUGGAGGUAGAGGAGGAGGAAGAGAAGAAGUAGGAAUAAGAGGAGGAGGAGGAGGAGGAGAGGAGGAAGAGGGUCGUCCGAGAGAACCACAAGUGCAACAACAAGUACAAAUCCCAACGUGCCUGGCGUCGUCAGCAAUGAAACGACCUCGAAGGCAAAUCCCGAUCAAUCCACCCAAAAAAACAUCCUGGGAUUCCCAACGACACCAGAUAACGACCCCAACGACCACUCGGGCAGCGACGACGCCCCCACGACGGAGGGGACGCUGACGACGACGGCGACGACGACGAAGACGGCGGACGCGAAUCGGGCCGACAAACCGUGUCGGAGAAAAUGGCGUCUGUGGAGGGAAAGAUACCGGCGGCUUUUCUGCAGAGUGGCGGAGAAGCGGAGGAAGGCGCCCCGGCACUGCAAGCACCGCAGAAAAAUGUGCCAGCGACACAGACACAGCAGAGACAAGCACAAAGCCAGCGCACGAGGCCAGAAGAAGGCCCUCGAGAAGCAGCAGGCCACUUGCGGAAGCCUCAGGACAGACGCGCCGCUCGCUGCCACGGCGGCCGCGGCGCUAGCGUGCUGGGGCGUCGCGGCGGCGCUCGGCUCGCGCUGGCUCUAGGGGUGCAGGCGGUUUAUAUGGGCGCGGCGGGCUCCAAGGGCGCCGGCGGGCUCUAGAGGGCUCACACGGGCUCUAAGGGGCUCGCGCUGGCCCUUGGAGGCGCUGGAGGUGACAUUCAAUUUCAAUGGCCGUUAAUGAUUUUAUUUAUUGCCAUAAAUAGGGUACCUAUGUUUGUA